AUGAAAUUGGCCAUUUUGUUGAUCUGGGUAUACUGUAUCUUUAUCUCCGCAGCAAACAUUAAUGAUACAGCGGUACCUCAUGAAGAGAAGGUAAAUGAAUACGAAUUGGAGCGUGGGAUGAAACCAGUUCUCUGUACAUUACGACAAGCAAUGAUGAAUGGGAUGGGUAAAAUUUUGAAAACGUAUGAUACUUACUCAAGAAAGGAUGAUUUAGAUAAGAAACUUCUUGAAGUUGCCAAAAUCAUUGGUCGACGUAUGGAGAAACGAUUUGAUUAUUUAGCAAUGAAAUUGGAAUAUUUACUUAUGUAUUCAACCUGUUAA